AUGGCAACAACUCCGGCCAGUUCUUUCGAGGCCCUCAUGAAAGGAGUGACCAGCUGGAAUGUCCCUAAAGAUGCCAUCCCGUGUGAACUGCUUCUUACUGGGGAGGCUGCCUUCCCAGUGAUGGUGAAUGACAAGGGCCAGGUCCUCAUUGCUGCCUCCUCCUAUGGCCAAGGCCGCCUGGUGGUGGUGUCCCAUGAGGGCUACCUGCUGGAUGCUGGCUUCGCUCCAUUUCUUCGUAAUGCGGUGGGCUGGCUCUGUCCCUCACCUGCGGCUCCCGCUGGAGUGCACCCCUCUCUGCCAUCACUAGUAAGUAUCCUGCAAGCCUCUGGGGUUCCGGCACAAGUUCAGCCAGAAGUGGGGGCCCCCGUGGGAGUUUACUGCAUCAGUGCCUACGUUGACACGAUGACUGCAGAGCUGAUCCAGUUUGUGAAGAGUGGAGGCGGCUUGCUCAUCGGGGGCCAAGCCUGGUAUUGGGCCAGUGAGCACGGUUCUGACAGAGUGCUGUCCCGGUUUCCCGGGAAUGAGGUGACAAGUUUGGCCGGAGUAUACUUCACCGACAUCUAUGGGGACAUAGACCACUUCAAGGUCUCUAAGAAGAUACCCAAGAUCCCACUCUACACCAGGUGA